UAAGAAAGUUCUCUUUCCUAAACUGAGCCCAAUUUUUACCGAACAUUUUAUUCACAUUUUCAACUUUUUACAUCAAAAUCAACAAGUAAAAAUAAAAAAAUUUCAAAACAGUUGGCAGUCCGCAAGGCAAAGUUCUAGUUCGAUAAAUUGAAUUUGUGCACCCAUCUGGCAUCACUGCCGGAAAAGCACAUUUUUCUACAUAUUGGCAACCCGUUUGUGCCAUUUUGAAAUAUAGCUACGAAAUAUAUUUGUGUUAUUUAAAUAUUUGAAGUGAUUAAUAUAGCCAAAUAAUUGUUCUGUUUUUGUAAAAUUAUUUCAAAGUUUCAAAUCGUUAAGUUGGCUUGGAGCUCUAUUUGUCCUGCCACUGUUUUUUUUUUUGUUGUGACUCAACGUUUGCGCAUGCGCCACGAGCUUGAAUUUCCGCGAAUACCUCAAAUAGUUUCCUGGAAUUUCAUCAAAUCAGCAGAAAUGCCGAAAAGAAACGAUCUACGUGGGGUCACGAAGGCAAAGAACCGCCUUCCCAAAAAGAUAAAACACGUGCCGCCAAUAAGUGAGCUGCCCCGAAUUCUUCCCUGGAAGAAGACUGCGCAGAAAAGCGUGUCUGAACCUCUGCUGACCAUGCAGGUUCCCAGGCUCAGCCUGAGCAUGCCCCACAUUGAGGCGCCACAAUUGAACCCGGAUGAUGCCCCGGGAUGCAGUCGUCACCUUUGCGGGGAAUUCAAGGAGAAUAGUUACCCGAAUGGGACUCAGGCUGGGAAAGUCUCGGAUGCCCAUCAGUUGCAUCUGGCCUAUCUGAAACACUGGCGCUCCCGCUGGAAUCUGGCCAUGAGCGACCUCGGCGAUGUUCAGGAAAGUCCGUUAAAUGGACUCCACGAUAUGCUGCCACUGACUUCGAUUGAUGAACUGACGAUGUCGAUGUCGCAGGACCCUGUUUGUUCCACAACUAUUGGAUUCCAUAAGGAGGUCCCAAUGGGCAGCUCCACUCCCACCAAUUUUAUCGCUACCAAUACUCGGGCUUAUUCCGUUGAGAACGUCCUCUCGGGUGGUGAUCCCAUGUGGGGUUCCAGUAGUGGACCCCUGGCCAGCACGGUUGGGGCUCCUCACACAGCGGGUGAAAGUCUCCAAAGCUCUUGGCACAGGGACAACCUGUGCGAUCUUUCCUUGAGCGAGUUCAGGGACCUAGCCGCUUUCGAGGACCCGAAUGCAAUCAGUAGCGAAUUGGAGCGUUUGCGGCACGUGGAGGCGAUCUGCAAGCGUCUCAGGGGCAUCGAAGUGCAGGGGAACACUGGCCUGGUGCAGGAACCCGUUUCCUACGAGGAAAUCUUCGAUGUUUUGGGCAUUCAGGAGAAUAAGGAACAGCAGCAGCAGCAGCAACAGCAGCCUCAGCUACAAGCUAUUGAUUCAGCUUUUGAAUCCAUUUACAUCACGGACGACGAUGAAGGGGCACUCGAAUUCCCUGCUGAUGUUUCCGGCUAUAUGCCUCCUUCAGGAGUGACCAGUUCCGGCAAGGAGAAUGCCAUGACAGAUUGGACCGAUUCCGAAGACGAGGAAAAUUGUCGUCCAGGAAGGCGCAUAACGGUGACAGCGUGUAUAGAGAAUAUUGGUCGCUUCGAGUCCAGCUCGGAAGAUACCCAGUCUGAAGUCGAUGUGGAGGAAGUGUCCCACAACGAAUCCGCCUCUGAUUGGUCAUUGCUAAACGACAAAGAUUCCGACACGGAGACCGACUAGCCAACGAUUUCAUCCAUUGUAAUGUUGAUUUUAAUUUUCUUCAAAAUUAUUAAAUAAAAUUUCGAGUCUGCAGUAAAGAUUUCAGUUUACAAAGGA